AUGAAUACAACACCGUCGACGCCGAAUUACAUUGAAAACUAUUACAUCGUUUGUUCGAUUUCUGGCUUUUUCGCUUUGAAUGCAGUUGUUCUCUCCUGUGUGAUAUUGAUUGUAACACGGCGCACCAAACCACGUCUUCACACAGUUCGACACAUACUGAUGUGUAAUACAUGUGUAGCCUCAAUCUUCUAUUGUAUUGUACAAAUUGUCAACUAUAUCUACCUCAUUUUUCUAUCGGAUGUAACAAGUGACAUCAGUUGUCGUUGGCGUGGAUAUUUUUCUUAUGUGACUAUCACUGGAGUUACUUAUUCAUUCUUAAUUCAAGCUGUCUCUCGACUAUUCAUUACCAUUUUCUCUGCGAACCAUAAAUGGUUGACAGCGUUUAAAGUUCAUCUGAUUUUAAUUGGUAUUCAAUGGAUUUUGGCCAUCUGUUUACCUUUACCAGCGAUCAUAACUGAUGAUAUUUACUUUCGUCCACGCGCCCUUUGUUGGGUACCAUUGAGAAGUUUACUGCAUGUUAUUUAUACGUAUGUUGUGUAUUACACUAUUCCGGCGGCAUUAAUCGGCGUUAUUUAUCUUCUGAUUUACUUUCGAGUGAGAGAAAUUUCGAAUCGGAAUGAAAUGUUGAUCGGAAUGAAAAAUAAUGAAAAACGUAAUCUUGAACUUCUUCGAAAUAUUUUAAUUCUUCUGUUUAUUUACUUCACUGGUGGCAUUCCAACACUUUUAUUUCUUCUUACUACAAAUCGAAUACUCUACUUGAUUGGCAUUGUCACUAUAUCAUUGACUGUCGCGAUCGAGAAAUUGUGUACAAUUGUUUUGGAUCGAGAACUUCAACAAGUGGUAAAACAGAUUCUAACAAGCAGAACGAAAGUUCUACCUAUCAAUAAUACACAAACUCAUGCACAGUUAGAUUAUCGCACACGUCCACAGCGAACUCCUAUGCCAGCAAUGGAGUCGUACGGUAAAAGGCCAUUACGCUGGCAUGAGACAGUGAUUUGA